AUGGCUAAAAAUGACUGAUUUUCAGACGGAUGAUAUGGGAAAAAAUCAAAUCAAAGAUCCCUCAUCAAACUUUAGUACAACAGGUCAUGUAACAAGCUCAAAACAGUCAGCUAGUGCAAUGUUAGAAGCAGCCUUACUUCAAAUGGAUGAUAUUAUAUCUGGUAGGCAGUUUUUUAAAAAAGCAGAUGCAAUGGGGGACCUACAACACUCUUUGAGAGAUACUGUUAAAAAUCUUGUAGGAAUCCUUCAAUCUUCACCAGUGUUACCUGCUCGUCCAGAUGAAAGAACCGUGGAUUUAUUAUUAAAUUGGUUACAACCUGAAAGAUUGAAAAAACUAGAAAUUGAUCGUAAUGCUCUUCAAAUGGAAAUAGCGGUUUUAUCAGAACAAAUAGAUGUUCAAAUGCAAGAAAUUAACAAUUUAAAAGAUGAAUUAGAUUCUAAAAAAGAAGUGAUCCAGCAUAUGGAAGAAAUAAUGCAUAAGGAAGCACUAUUGAGAAGUUCAUUGGAAACUCAAAAGUUAGAAUUACUCAACUCAUUGACUGAAAUGAAACUUAAACAAGCUACUUUAGAACAUGAAAAUGCAACCUUACGCAAUACAAGGUCUCCUGCAAAUGUCGGUGGUUUUACUAGACAUGCUAGACAAUAUUGUAGUUUACCUCGUCAACCACAUUCUAUAAAAAAAGGAGUAGUUUUUGCUAAGGAAAAGCCAGUAAUAAUUGACUGCUCUACAAGCAGCGUUGUGCAACAGCCACAAAAACGAAUAUGUGAUAUGUCCACUGAAGAAAUAUGUACUUGGGUUACUAACUUAGGAUUGGGUUCAUAUAUUAAAGAAUUUGAGCGUGCAAAAAUAAACGGUAAAUUUUUAAUCGAAUCUACUUUAACGGAACUUGAAAAAGUAUUAGACAUAAAAAAUGUCCUUCACAAGAAAAAAAUUUUAUGUGCCAUUGACUGCGAAAAAUUAAAAGGAGCUGAUUAUUUUGGAUCAGAUAAGAUGGAUACUGUAGCAGUAUUACGUUGGCUAGAUGAUAUUGGGCUACCACAGCAUAAAGAGUCUUUUCAAAAUGCUAAAGUAGAUGGACGUGUUUUGAAUAAAUUAACAACUGAUGAUUUGGCAUUGCUUAAUAUUACAGCCGAAUUACAUGCCGUUAGUUUAAGACGCGGAAUCCAGACCUUGAGAGAAUUGAACUUUAAAAGUGAUGAUCUGGAACGACGCUCAUCUAACGAAAAUACUUCAAGACUGCACGAAAAUUCAAUUGAAAUUGAGGACCAAGUAAAGCUGUGGACUAACCACAGGGUUAUGGAAUGGUUACGCGCAGUUGAUUUGGCAGAGUAUGCACCCAACAUGAGAGGAUCGGGAGUUCACGGAGGACUCAUCAUUCACGAACCGCGUUUCAACUCUGAAUUAUUAGCAACGCUGCUAAAUAUUCCUCCAGCUAAAACUUUGUUACGACGACAUCUGACUACGCAUUUUAAUCAAUUAAUUGGUAGAAAUAUCGUAAAAAAUAAGAGGGAAAUUGAGAAUUCCGAAACAUUUGUACCUUUAACAAUCACGGCUAAAUUAAAGGUACAAAAAAAAUCACAGUUUACUUUGAAACGAAAAAAGAAAAAUAAUGCGUAUUUUACUCCACUCGUUUGCCCAUUAGAGAACACUCCACCGUGUUCUCCGAAUAUGACUUUGAAUUCCGAUGCAUAGUUUAUAAUGAUUUUUACCAUUACUGACGAAAUAUCUGCCUUAUAGUCAUGUUAGAAAUUUAUUAAAAAUAUUAUGAUAAAAGAAAUUGACGGACCCUAGAGUGCCUAAACCCAGUAAAUGCUGUAUAAAUAAUUUUUACAUAUUUUUAUAAAAAGUUUUGAAAAUACGAUAUUUAUCAAAACGACAGUCAAGUUUUAAAUAUAUUAUUCUAUUUAUAGGUAUUUCAUAAAUUGUAAAUUAGGGUACUUUUUGAAACGCUUUAAUACCCCAAUAUUGUAAUGAAAUUUUGAAUUAAUUUAAUUUUUAAAUGGAAGUUUUUAACUUGAAAUAUACACUUUAGUGAUAUUUUACAUUCAAGUUUUAAAUAAUGAAAAAUUAUACACGAAAUAUAAUGUGCCAAUCGAACUAAUCGAAAUAAUGUGACCAAUUGAGUAACAAAAUAAAUUUUUAAUUG